CGCUAUCAGUUGAGUCGUUGCGUUGCUAGCGUUCGCAACUGGCAUUUGCUGAACGAGCGAAUAUAUCGAACACCGUGUGUUUAUCUACCGUGAAUUCGUAGAUUCCGUCCCGUUUGUAUCUGGAACACGCGAUCACAAAAAAGAAAAGAACUCUCCCACGUAAGGUGAGUGGUGGGAAAAUUGAAAAUAAAAAAGGCACACCAUCCGGCAUAUGUCAUGUGGGAAGGCGAGCUGCCCAAAACAGGUGAACCCGGUAGAUAAGUUGCUUCGGUACCGUGGGAGGGGGGAAAAGUUUAAAUCCUUCCCAACUCUCUAUCACCUGUCAGCUUUUUGGAGCUGCAUACGGCGUAACGGUGGAAAGCCGGAAGGAUUUAGUACAGCGACGGAAGUGAGCUGUGUGUUUGAUGCGUGUGUGCGUUCCAACGGAAGCUUGAACGAACGAAAAUAAUCUAAAGAAAAAGCAAAAAUAUACGGUGACAUCUUGUGCGUGUGUUUAUUUAUAGCAGGCGAGAGUGUAAACAUUGCUCAUUUUAGGGUGGUGAUGGGGUGCGCUUGAGGUGGUGAAAUUUUUAUCCACUUAGCAAACUUUGUUUCUGAUUGUUAACAACAUUUUCGGGGCAGUGCAACAAGCGGAAGGUAUGCAUAUGAGAUAAGUGAGAUGUAGUCAGAGAGCGCCCGUUAACGCGGAGUACGUAAAGUUUGAUUAUGGUGGAAGCAGCAACAACGGAACGCAUCCAGCACAGCCUACUGUAAUGGCACAGUGAUUAUUAUCAAGUGACAGAGCGAGCAGCUGUCAUGUUACGCUAAUGUCAUUGUGAUGAAUAACGGUUGCAUCGUGAUAGUAGUUGUAGUGCCGUUAACCUUCUUUAGCACGUUCUCAUCGUGAGCAUUGAUCUUAUCGCACUAAAACGACGCGGCACAGUGUCAACAUCAGUUCUCCUUUUUCUUGCUUCUUCGCGGAACAUAACCACCUCUACUACUACUAGCAGGCAGUAGUACAACGAUCCGGCCCAUUGUGUGAUAAACAGGUUUGCUUAGUAUAACGCAAGCCGUACCGGACACUCCCUAUCUGACGUUUCACUCUGAGCGUACCAACCGGCAGCUGUACGAGAUUCAAACGACCGGACCGGGACCAACCGGACCGGCCGGCAGCAGCAUGUUCUUCUUUCUGUUCUUCGCAUCCGAUGGGUGCAAAAAAGUGUGUCACAUUUUAUCGCAACUGGUCGCCGCCUGCCUCCGGAAGUAUCGUAGCGGCGGCGCCAACGGUCAGUGGAUAGGAGUGAAAGUGUAAGGGAAUGAAAUCUUGCGUGCGUGUGGGUGUGUGCGUUUGAGCAUCGUCUAAGUCAGGCGGAAGUGUUUUGCGUGUGACAGUGGUUCAGUAGUUCAGUUGUGAUGCGGUCGUCGGUUACGUCGGGGCUAACUAAGGAGUUAGGUUUCUUGGCGUCUUUAAACCUAUCCAACCACGGAGCAAGUGCAGGUUCGGUGAAGGUGCUGUUCUUGAUGCUGGUGAAGUGUGGUAAUCCUUCUUAGUGCCGAGCGAGCGAAUAUCUGUACGAGCAAUCCGGAGGCUCUGGUGCAACGCUGUGCUGUGGAGGGUUUUAGUGCGCGAAGAAUCCGGACGUCCGGUAUUAUUCAUUCCGGCCGCCAUUGUGCCGUGUGGGUCGGAGCUUUUGUGCAGUGGGUUUCACGGUAGCACCAAUGAGUCGUGCCUGAGUGUGUCGCCUGAGCGUAUGAUUAAGUGUGCAGGUCGUGGCUGAGAAGGUUCCCAUCACGCUCGGUACCAGUCCGGUGGCAGUGUUGUCAACCGCAAGAAGUGCUCUUGCUUUGCUAGUGGCGCUGAUUCCCAACAUCCGUCCCCGAAAAGACGGUGCUGGUGUUCUUGGGCAUCGUUUACCAACGGGUGAACACGUGAUAAAAACGAAGUGCUUACCACUGCAGCUCGCGGGACUGGCUAGUCCGUUUUCAUCCCACUAUCAGAAACCACCAGCCGCGUACAGCGAGCGUUGAACGGGAAGUUGUAAAAAAAGGCGCCAUUUCGCGAACGUACGAGGCACGAGCAGUAGUAGUAGAGCACCACGUACACAAAGAGUCGUGGGGCCGGCACACUGUGAAAUUGAAAUGUCAAUCGUGAUAGCACCCGGCGCACUCGCAACCAUCAUUUGCAACCUUACGGCGUGAAGCCUUUAGUUAAAGGGAGAUUUAGCUUCGUUUUUUUUUGCUUUUUAAAUACACAUCCCAGAUUUCCAUCCUGUCACUCGCCCUGCCCCAAUCCUUCCAACCUCACGAUGGAACGCGUCACCGAACCGUCGGGGGUAUCGAAAAUGAGUUCUCGCAAGUCAUCGCAAGCGCCUGCCAGCGAACGGGACGCGAGCUCCAAAACUGCUGACCUGUCAUCGACACCGUCCGUGGUGAUCUCAGCCACAGCCCGUCGAUCGAACCGGAAACCAUCGAGAAAAGCCACCACCUCGGAGCCCGGAACGCACCCGAGCGAGCUGAAACCGUUGGCGCACACAACGGCAACGCUCAGCCUGUACCAGGUGUACGUCCUGCUGGCGGUACUGCUGGUCGGCAUGUUCGUACUGUCGGCGGCACUGCUCGCGUACGUCGACCGACGGUUACCACCGACGGAAGCGGGUGGACAGCGGGCGUCACCGUCGCUCGAGGAGGAAGUUCACCGGCAGGUCGAAACGAUCCUGAGCAACUACUGGAAGCGUAACAUCGAUAAAUUGAGCGCGGAUCUGCUGGCGCACACGAGGCGUAUCGCGCCCGAACUUAGCACUUCAUUGCCUUACUUAGUAGCGAAUCAGAGAGUACAAAACGAGCGGAAGCUACCGUUCCGAGAAACGUCCGGCCGCCUCAAACGCGACCUAAGCCUGUUCGACGAUAAUCUGGUCCCGGAUCAGGAAGGUCCAAAUGUGGAGUUCUUCAAUCCGAAGCUGCGAUCGGAGCUGGAGAAGAAGGAUGCAGAGAUCAUAAAGAAGACGGGCUUGAAGGGUGCCGCUCCCGGCGGUGAUAGCUGGGUUUGGCUGACGAGCUACUCUCGCAUACCGUUCGACGCCAUCACCGGCUUUUGCCGAGCGACGAAAGAGUACUGUCCACCUGGACCACCCGGACUACCCGGUAUACCGGGUCCGAAGGGUAACCGGGGCGACCCGGGCCUGCCCGGUCCACCCGGUGUUGAUGGGCGCGAAGGUAAACCGGGUCCGCGUGGCCCGAAAGGUGAAAUCGGUUAUCCGGGCAACCCGGGACUGGACGGACGCGAUGGUGUGCCGGGUGAGCCAGGUCUCGACGGUGUGCCGGGCCGAGCCGGAGCUGACGGGAUUCCGGGCAAGGAUGGUAAGGACGGUAUUCCCGGCAUUGAUGGACGUAACGGUAUCGAUGGCAAAGACGGAUUAGCAGGACCGAUAGGACCGCCGGGACCGCCCGGACUGCCCGGACCGAGAGGUAUUCAUGGACCGAAGGGCAAACAGGGCCGGCCGGGAACGAACGGAACACCCGGCACGCCGGGCAUAAACGCUUGGAAGGUGAAGGUGAACGAUACGUUCUCGAACGAGCUGCUCGUACCACCGUCGAUUGCCGGUGCCGGUACGCUGGAGGCACUGCGACCCAUCAUCGUCCACGAGGGAACUCACCUGCGGCUACGGUGUGCCGCCACCGGGACACCAAGACCACACGUCGAAUGGAGGCGCGCCGAUGGCAAAACCAUCGCCAACGGAGCCUGGGAAGCAACGUCGAUGGCAGGACACACGCUCAACAUUACCAAAAUCAAUCGCGUGCACAUGGGCGCGUACCAGUGCCUGGCGGACAAUGGCAUCUCACCGCCAGCGAACCAGACGUUCAACAUCGAAGUGCAUUUCCCACCACUAAUACGGGUGAGAAAUCAAAUGGCGUACGCGGUGAACGGUUCUACGGUAACGUUUGUCUGCGAGAUCGAGGCAUUCCCCGAGGCACUGAAGUACUGGGAACGGUUCCCGGGAGGACGGCUGCUCGAGCCCGGUGAUAAAUUCCAGAUGGAAACCCAUUACGAUGGCUACAAAUCAGUUAUGCGGUUGAACAUCACCAACAUCCGGUCGUCCGAUUUCGGUGAGUAUCAUUGUGUGGCAAAGAACGAGCUCGGCAUGACGGAGGCCGAGUUUCAUCUGAUGGAACACUCGCCGUUCAUCAUCCGGCCGCCCGGUUCAACCGACAUCAACGUGUACGGCACUAAACCACCGGAAAAGGAAUCGUACGAGGACAUCUGCGGCCCACCGACCACCUGCCCCGAGUGUCCCGAUCCCAGGGACUUCAAAUGCAAGGACACGAUCGUUUCGCUGUACGAUUUGGUGGGCAAUCUGGAAAUCAAACCCAUCGGAAAUGUCAGUUUCACGGGCUUACCGAACCGAACGACCGACUGUGUCCUGUACGCCGUGGGCAAACCGGUGUACCACAAGUACACCGAGCAGCUGUUCGGCGCAUGGCUGAAGGAUCCGGCCGCCCGGAACGAUGUGAUGGAGAAGAAGGUGUGGGCCACCAGGGAAAAUGACACCAACCGGCUGUUUGAGUUCGCCAACAAAACCACGUACCGGAACAACGUGGCCACCAAGACGUAUCGGCUGGAGCGUUCCUUCCGGGGCAAUGCACACGUGGUUUACAACGGUUCAUUCUACUACAACGAGCGUAAUUCACCCCGCAUCAUCAAGUACGAUCUGAACGUGGAACGACAGACAGCGAUGAACGAGCUGGAAGGCGUCACUACGAACGGUACCAAUUAUCUGUACACCACCGAAAUUAAUUACAUGGACUUUAACGUGGACGAUAAUGGGCUGUGGGUCAUUUACGGGACGCCCGAUUCGAACAACACAAUGGUUGUCAAGCUCAACGAGAACAACCUCACGGUACAGUACGGUUGGAACAUUAGCGUGAACCAUCACAAGGUGGGCGAAAUGUUCAUCGUUUGCGGUGUCCUAUACGCGAUCGAUUCCGUCACCGAGCGCAACACCAAGAUACGGCUCGCGCUCGAUCUGUACCACAGCAAGCUGCUGGACGUAAGCCUGGCCUUCACGAACCCGUUCCGCAAGACUACCACCGUGGGAUACAAUUUCAAAAACAAGGAACUGUACACAUGGGACCGGGGCAAUCAGUUGACCUAUCCGAUACGGUACCACGAGAUAGGCUACAACACGACCGCCACCGAGAAAGCGGACGACGGUUUGAAUCCGCAGAUGCAGACCGGAUACGACAUUUACAACGAUCACGACACUGAAACGGAAGAUGUACGCUAGGAGCCGGGACAUGGAGGAUGGCAAGGAAACCGGGAAGGAAGAACGAGAAGGACACACCACCAUAACAGGUCGCUUCACUUCCGCUUAAAUGCCAAGGUGCCACGAUCUUUUGUGUGAGUGUGUGUGUGUGUGCCGGCUUGCUUCUUUUCGACCGCAGUUUUUGUUUCUUUUUUUUUUGUAUGCUUUGUUCCGUGUUUUUAUUGCUUCAUGCAGGAGUGAGAGCGAAAGUGAAGGAGAGAGGGAUAGAGUGUGUCUUGCUUUAUGGUUCAUUCAAGCAGAUAUGUAAAUUCUUUGUGACAGCAGUAUCAACAGUGACUAACAUUUUUGACCGGAACAUAUUUAUGACUGGCCGAGAUCGAUCGCGAUAAACAAUUUAUUCACCAGACGGGCGCCCUGUUUACAAGAAAGAAAACCGUGGGAACGGCAGUAAAAAAGAGAGGGAUCUAAAAUAAGAAAGAUGAAAGUAGAAAUUGACAAGCCAUAUUUUGGAAUGUUCGUAUACAAACAUCACAUAGAAUUAGAGGUUAAGAAAGUAAAACUGACAGGAAAAAAAACUGCAAACAAAAAAGUGAAAAUCAUUCCUUUGAAAAAUGGAAAAAAGUGAAAGAGAAUUAGGACUUGAAGUUUUCUAACACAAACACAAAAAAUCAGUAAAAGAGGAAGUGCAGGGGGAAGCUAUUACUAAAGCAAGUGAACAAAGAUGUAAAAUAUUAAAAAAAAUAAAAAACUAAAAUCAGAGCAAAAGAACAAAGAA